CACCCAAGAGCAGAACUUGUAGUUGAUUUGGGUUCACUCUUUGAGACCAAUAUUUGCCUAUCCUAUCUUGCACAAGAUGAAUUUUCAGAGGACAUUUUUCUUGUUCUUUUUGUUGGUCAUCGCUGAAAUUGUUGCUGCUAAGCAUGUUACUAAAUAUUUUGAGUUCAAUGUGCAAUAUCAAAAUGUGACUCGCUUAUGUCACACUAAGUCUAUGCUAACCAUCAAUGGUCAGUAUCCUGGGCCAACAAUUGCUGUGAAUGAAGGCGAUCAUGUUGUUAUCAAGGUUACAAAUCAUGUUGAGUACAACAUGACCAUCCACUGGCAUGGAAUUCGUCAGAUGAGGACCGGAUGGGCAGAUGGGCCGGCAUACAUUACACAGUGCCCAAUUCAGAAAGGGCAUUCAUACACCUACAAAUUCAAGGUGUUUCAACAGGUUGGUUCUCUGUUUUGGCACGCUCACAUUUCUUGGCAACGAGCAACCAUCCAUGGAGCCUUCAAUAUCUAUCCAAAGAAAGAAUAUCCAUAUCCUUUUCCUAAACCUGAUGCAGAAGCUCAAAUACUGUUCGGGGAGUGGUGGAAUGAUGAUGUAGAGACAAUAGUUGCUGAAGCCACCAAGUAUGGCGGAGGCCCAAACGUGUCGGAUGCAUAUACUAUCAAUGGCCAACCUGGCUUACUCUUUCCUUGCUCCUCUAAAGAUGUCUUUGUUCAACAUGUUGACCAUGGAAAGAGAUAUCUAUUUAGAAUUGUUAAUGCGGCCUUGAAUGACGAGCUCUUCUUCGCCAUAGCAAAUCAUAGCUUUACUGUAGUAGAGAUAGAUGCCACCUACACCAAACCCUACAAGACAGAAUUUAUCUUGAUAGCUCCAGGACAAACUAUGAGUGUUCUUGUAAUGGCAGACCAGCCCAAAGGAAGAUAUGUCAUGGCAGCCAGGCCAUAUGUGACCUCAGAUGUCCCAUUUGACAAUACCACAACUACUGCAAUCCUAGAAUACACAGAUCUAAAAUCCUCUGAAUCCCAUGAGUCUAGUCACCCUAUUUUUAUGCCGAAACUCCCAAAAAUGAGAGACUUCCUAUUGGCAACAGAAUUUUCCACCAGUCUGAGAAGCUUGAAUUCAAGAGAAUUCCCAUCUUGGGUUCCUCUAAAGAUUGACACCCAUCUGCUAUUUACAAUUGCACUUAACCUGCAGGACUGCCCAAAAGGCAAGAUUUGUAAGGGCUACUUUGGAGGAAGGUUCUCUGCAUCUGUGAACAAUCAAUCCUUUGUUCACCCUCAUAUUGCACUUCUCCAAGCUGCAUACCACAACAUUUCAGGGGUUUUUUCCCCUGAUUUUCCAAACAGGCCACCCCACCAGUUCAACUACACCGAUCUCAAGCUCAACCUGAACAUGAAUCCACAUUUCAGCACUAGAGUGAGUGUAAUUCCCUACAAUGCAAACGUACAGCUAAUUCUGCAGGAUACUAGUAUGAUGGGAACAGAGAACCACCCUAUUCAUAUCCAUGGCUUCAACUUUUUUGUAGUGGGGCAGGGGUUUGGAAACUACGAUCCCUUAAAGGAUCCUUCUUGUUUCAAUCUGGUGGAUCCCCCAAUGAGGAAUACCAUUGGGGUACCUAGUGGAGGAUGGGCUGUUCUCAGGUUUAAAGCAGAUAAUCCAGGGGUCUGGUUUAUGCACUGCCAUCUGGAGGUACACACAAGUUGGGGAUUAGCAAUGGCGUUCAUGGUAGAGAAUGGCCCAACUGCUCUAGAGUCUAUUCGUCGUCCGCCUUCUGAUCUCCCUCCCUGCUGAUUCUUUUAUCUGAACAUUUUGCAUGGUCUCUUCAGUACUGUUAUUCUUUGGUCCAUAGUGUAAUCUCUCGUUGAAAAAAGAGAAAUGAGAGAUCAUACUAUAGUUAGAUCGCUAGUAGAGAGGCCUGUUUCUCGCUUCUUAAAACAUUUUAUGGAUUCACUUUCUUCCAGUAAAAGCUUUACAUGGCAACUGUAAAUUAUAUUGAGUUCAGUUUUUCAUAAUUGUGACUAUCUAGUCAGAGCACAAAUAAUGACGGUGUACAUUCUAUGUUAAAUUAUAUAAAAAUAAAUCAUGGUUCUUGACAUAAAAGAUGGGUGGAAUGUGAUCAUACUCCCAAAAGUUGAUGUAGAAGUUCAAAUACAAUAAUAAAAGUCAUCAUUUUC